UAUGUCUAGUCAAAAUGAUGAAGAAAGUGAUGUUUAAGAUGUUGAAAUAGUUGAUGGUUACACUAGUGAAUACAUCAGUUAAAAAUCAAGUCAACCUCCUUUUUAAGAAUCUGAUUAUUUAAGGGAUCCUGAUGAUAAUAAAUCAGAUAACAUAUCACAUCAAGAAUCUAUUUCUAAUAGAUAAUCCCUUCAUUAAAGAUAAUUCUUUAAUUAGAGAACAGCUGAAGAUGAAGAAAUUGUUAAAUAAUGUAUGGAGGAGGCAUCAAAAAUUAAUGAAAAAAUUAUGAUAUAAAGGAAAUAACUUAAAGAUCAAUUUAAAGAAUUCUAAAAUGUAAUAAUUUAAACAUAAAUUUAGACAAUUAAUGCUGCAAGAAGCAACUUAAAAGAUUAUGAUAUGCCUUAUCAGACUGCUCACUUUCCUUUAUAUUUAAAGACUUAAGAAAAAUUUGUGAUAUUGCCAGCAUAAAAUCUUAAUAUUAGGAAAGGAACAGUUGAAUCAUUCAUUAAGACUAAUUUAGAAAAUGAAAAUUCUGUAAAAAAAGCAGAAUAAGACAGAAGAGUGGCAUUUAAAUAAAGAAGACCAUAUCAAAAAAGAAAAUUUGAAUCUUGA